GUUGGACGGAGCCAGAGGAAGUGAAGGUGCUCUUCCUGUGUUAUUAUCAUCGCUGCACACACUAAUCAUGUAUUACUAAUGUGGCCACUUGGGGAAACGUUAGCUUGAAUAUUUAAAAGCAAGCUUUGGGUUGCAUCGCGUCAUCUACAGAGCACACAUGUUGACAACAUGAAGAUGAAACCUGCCAAGAAGAAGUCUCCAAGAAACAAAGCCAAGAGGGGAGAGAAACAAGAAGAUGUGGACACAGUGAAGACUGAACCUGAAUCAGAGGAAGCCUCUCGUGAUGUUUGCAUUGACACAGAUGGUUUAAACAUCCAGAUCAAGGAGGAACCGGAUUCACAGGACUUCAGUGAGGAGUACAAUGAAGACACUAAACCUGACACUCUGGCAUCCAGGUCAGGUGUUCACAUAAAGGAGGAGAGUGACUCUGACCAUAAACCUGAAUAUGAAUUCACUGAGGCUGCUGUCAAAGAGGAGCCAGAGUCAUGGAUCAAAGAGGAGAGAGACAGCGAAGAGGAGGCGGAGGAGGAGGUUUGCAUAGAGUCAUCGUCUGAGUUCUUCCCAUGUCCUCACUGCACUGUCUCCUUUACUGACUUGGACUUCUUGGAGAAACAUGUCAAGUGGGUCCAUCAGAAACAGUAUCUUGCCAAACUGAAAAAAUGCCUCUCAAGCCACACACUAAACCUCAUCCCUAAACACACCUGCACAGUCUGCAGCAGCACCUUUAACUCCAAAGUACACCUUAGGAUUCACGUACGUCAAGCCCACCCUUCUGCCCCUCCCCGCAGGCUUCACCCAUGUCCAACGUGUGCACGCAGCUUCCAGUACCUGAAGAAUUUGAAGAAUCACUGCCAGCGAUGGCACAACAUGUCUGUGGUCACCAGAGGAGGGCAUCUAAGCUGCGCUGACUGCGGGAAGAGUUUCAAAGCUACCUGGGGUCAAGGCCCUCAUUUGUGUCAUGAACCCGAUAACACAGAACCUGAGGACAAGCCAAUCUGUCUGGACACUGGUGUGCAGUGUCCAGAAUGUGGCAAGAAGUUAUGCACACCUCAAAGCUUGGAGGAUCAUAUGCGCACCCACACAGGUGACCGCCCGUUCGUCUGUAAGGACUGCGGCAGGAGAUUCGUGGAGCGCAGCGGUUGGCGACAACACAUGAAAAUACACACAGGGGAGAAGCCGUUCAAAUGUCAGGUGUGCGAGAAGGCCUUCUUAAGAGCACACCACCUCAAGUGCCACUUGACCACACACUCCGGCAAGAAGGAAUAUUCUUGCUCUGAAUGUGGAAAAGAGUUUGGAUUCAAGUCAAGUCUGGAUCUCCAUCUGAGGACGCACUCCAGCGAGAAACCCUUCCACUGCAACGUGUGCGGGAAGAACUUUAAUACCCAGAGAAACUUGAGGGUUCACUCCAAAGUCCACAACAAUGAGAAGGCUCACCAGUGCGGUGACUGCGGGCUGAAAAUCGGAGACCUCGGGGCCUUGAAAAUACACCUGCGGACACACACCGGUGAAAGGCCUUACCACUGCACAGUUUGUGGCAAUAGGUUCAUUCGCCUUUCACAUCUGCGAAACCACCAACGCACCCACACCGGAGAGAGACCCUACAAAUGCACUGAAUGCAACAAGAGUUUCACUCAGUCCGGCGACCUGGUGAAGCAUAAGAGGAUACACUCCGGGGAAAAGCCCUUUGAAUGUCCAGACUGCCACCGCCGUUACACCUCCUCCGGUGAUCUGGGUAAGCACAGGAGGAGUCACACUAACCUGCGUCCAUACACGUGUCAAGAAUGUGGAAAAAGCUUUCGCUUGUCGGGCCAUUUGAAAACUCACAUGUUAACUCACACAGGGGAGAAGCCGUAUUCCUGCCCCAACUGCCUCCGCAGGUUCGCUCGCUCUCACCAUCUUUCUGGACACGUGGCUAAAUGUCGCUGAACUUUCUUCAGAGAAGUGUAAAUAAGCUAGUCUGUAAUUAUAGAAACUGUAAACACUCUACUACUGUACUAGAUAUUUUUUAUGAAUGUGUGUUGUAAUGUCAAACUUACAUCUGUACAUAAUUAUUUAUAUGAACUUUCUGUAACCCUCUUGACUCAGAUGACUGUUCUAACUUAUUAGAAAAACAUAUUGCAUGGACCUUUUUUCUUUUUUUUUUCACAUUAUCCCAGAUCUUAUCUUAUGCAGGUCAGAUCUAAACUGGUUUUGCAAGAUGCUAUUAUAAUGGAGAUUGAGGACUUGGUAUGAGGUAGUUCAGUGGGACAUUCAGAUAGUGGAUUGUUUUAUUCCCCACAGAUCAGUGCUGUAUUAUUUGUAAAAAUGUAGUCUUGCAUAGCCAGACUAAUCUCCACACACUAAGGGGGGGGGACGCUCUAGCUUUUUUGUUUAAUUCUUCAAACCAAUCACAGGUAUCUAGAGACGUUUGCACAAAUGGCUAAAUCCCAAAAAAGAAAAUGCUACAGCUGCUAACUUCUUAACAUUCAUACUGUUACCGACCAGGUUGGGGUGACUUAUCAUUUCAAUUUGUAGGCUGCUAACUUGGAGGUCGAUCUUGCGAUGACGUGUCACAUAGAAACAGGGACUUUGAAAAUGGCAACAGGAGAUUGCUGACUGUAAUCAAGUAGGUCUGCCUGCAGGUCAUGGAUGCAUAAAAAGACCUUGACUCAGCCGUGCUUCAAGUUUUUCCUCUUUGGCCACUCGCAAUGUUGCAGAAAAAAAAAUCCCCAAUGGCCCAAAAAAACAUUUUCUCCAUUGACCAUCAUUAUAAAAGAGACGUCUGUAAAACUGAUAGAACACCUUGAAUUUCAAAUUAAGUCAUCAUUAUCAUUAAUUUUUGAUAGUGGGAAUAAACACUACUACACAUAUUUAUUGGUAAACCUGGAAGCUAGAAAAUGUUUUUGCUGUACGCACCAGGCAGGCAUUCUCCUUAAAUUGAAUUAAAUGGGUGCCAUCUUUUCUAUAAUACAUUCAUGGUACAUGGUAUUAUAGGAUGUGCCUACUACAGUUUGGUUAGGUUUAGGUACACAAACUACUAAAGAUUUGGAUUAAUACAAGUAUAUUAAUCCAGGAAGGAAGGGAGGAAGGUAGGUAGGAAGACUCAGUGGCAGGCUUAUACCAACAGUCUACUUCCUGUGAGUCAAACUAAUAAAAAUGUAAUAAAUUAUUUGAUGAAUGCAUGAA